CCGCCGCGCGGAGCGUCAGCGCUUCUCCCCCUCCAGCUCCAGCUGCAUGUCUGCGAGGGCUGCUCAGCGCCGGUGGGGAAACAUAUCGAUUAUCGAUGCCCUCCACCUAACGUGACAAAUUUUCAUACAGUUGCUUGAAAUACCUGCCGAAGCCAUGGGGCCGUUUGGAGUGAUAAUAGGGAUUUUACAGUACGCGGGACUUUACAUUCAACUUAACGCGGCUCUCAACGACGGACACGGAGAGGUGGAUAAUCACAUCUCUGGAAAUGCAGCUCUCUUUACGGAGGUCCCACACGACAUCAGGACACACAGCGGUGAGGAUGUAGAGAUGGCCUGUUCCUUCCGUGGCGCCGGUUCUCCCUCCUACUCCCUGGAGAUCCAGUGGUGGUACAUCAAGGACCACCAAGACUGGCAAGAGAAGCCCGGCCACAUUACCAAUAAUGUUGUAGCCCAGGAGGAGACGUCCAAAGAUGCCACCAAAAUUAGUGUGGUAAAAGUGGCCGGCAGCAACAUCUCCCACAAACUCCGUCUCUCCAGCGUCAAACCGUCAGACGAGGGCACGUACGAGUGUCACGUCAUCGACUACAGCGGUACUGUGGUGCAGCGCCACCGUGUUUGGGCCUACCUGCAGGUGGAGCCUGAGAGGAGUCGGGGGUCUGAUGAGCUGCAGGAACCAGGGCAGCGGUCAGUGGGGAGUCAGCCACACUCCCCCCACCAGACAGAGGGCAGGGAACUGAAGAAGAGAUCAGCUGGCAGCACCAUUGACUGUAAUGAGAGCUGUGUGCUUUAGAGCGGGCAAUCUGCCCUAAAUCUGCAUGUUCAUGACUUAUCUCUGUAGAGAGAGACGGUCAUCGGCGCACUAAUCACCACACAGCUGGAUCCUAACCAGAGCCUUUUGUGUGCCAUGGUUUGUUUGUCUAUCUUUAUUAUUCUCGUUUGGAUGCCAAUGCUGUUAAAUGCCAACGGAGGGGACGGUUUUACUGACAAUAUAUCUGAUUGUGUUCUUUUUGUUGCUUUGUUCUUUGUGCUUUUUCCUAAUGCUUUAGGUUUAUGUUAAUGUGACAGUAAGGCUGUAGCAACAAAGAAGACCUUUUAAUUUGUUAUUUUAUCAUGUGUAUUAUAAAUAGUAAUUAGAGCAAAGUGGAGGUUCACAUACAAGACAGACUAUUUUUUUGCAGUGUGUGAGUUGUUUUGUCUUUUGCCAACAUCUAAGUCAAAAGCUGCAGUAUUUCAGUGUAAAUUUCCAAGAAAUAAAGGAUUAGUUAGGUUUUUAAUUUACUAUCUGAAAACCUUUUGAAGAAUAUCAAUUUCAGUCCUGUAAUCUUCAUUUAAAACUUUAAAACAGUCUGUAUUUAGCUUUCUAAACCACGACCAGAAUGUCUGUCAUAAUGUAUGCCUUCAUCACAUCCCUAUAAUAUAUAAAUUCUUCUGUAUAUUCACUUGCAGUUUGCACUGCAGACUUUUACAUGUCAUCACUAAAGUAAAGGUUGUCAGUGCUACUCAACCAAAUGAUACAACCACCAGUAGUAUGUUGAUCACUCCAAACUUUUCAUUCAUAUAUUCAUUUUGUCACCCACAGUUUCACUUUUGGUCUAAACGUUCUUAUUUAUUGACUGUAUUUGUUCUUAGUGCUGCUGUUCAAUAUUUGUUCUGUUAAAUACAUUCAUUUGAAAUGA